AUGAAGCCGUCGAUGCGCCUCUUUUCUAAGUUUAGCGAAGCUAACAGCAGCUGGGCUCAACUUAUCACCCUAAAGGAAGCGCUAAUUGUGACUCUCUCAAUCGGCUCGGCGUUUGUCGUGGCCAACAAGUGGGCCACAAGCGUGCAGCUUAGCGCACAGGCUGAAGUCAUGGCCUCAGUCGUGAAGGCUGAGAUGGCCGGCGUGAAGGCUGACAUAGCCGGCAUGAAGACGGACAUGAAGGCGGACAUGGCCGUGAUAAAGACUGAUAUGGCCGCGAUGAAGGCGACGGUUCUGCAGGUUCUGGAGGUUCUGCAGACGGCCUCGCCGCCAAAAUGCUAG